AUGACUGAACAGAAACCUAAAACUCAAAAGCUUGCAAACAGUUUGAAAGUACAGCUCCGGUCUCCAGAUGCCACAGCUCCAACAAAGGGCUCUAAAACGGCGGCAGGCUAUGACAUUUAUGCUUCUAAAGCCGAAAUCAUCCCUGCACAAGGACAAGGACUAGUCUCUACAGAUGUUUCAUUCACUGUUCCCGUGGGGACAUACGGUAGAAUCGCACCGAGAUCAGGUUUGGCCGUCAAACACGGUAUACAGACAGGCGCCGGUGUAGUCGACAGGGAUUAUACAGGCGAAGUCAAGGUCAUUCUAUUUAACCAUUCGCAGAAGGCUUUUGAGAUUAAAAAAGGUGAUCGUAUCGCUCAAUUGAUUCUGGAGAGAAUUGUGGAUGACGCCGAAGUGGUCAUCGUAGAAAGCCUGGAAGACACCGACAGGGGUGCUGGUGGCUUCGGCAGUACAGGUAAAUAA